UCAGUCUGGUGCACAAGUUGAAAUGGUAUGCUUGUACACUGCAGGGGCUGAGACUGAGACAAGAUCAAUGCUGUGGUACAGUGGUAUGAUACAAUUUUGAAAAGCGAAGCAGAUCGACGGUAUAAAACAUCCCUAACAAGGUCAGAGAGCUAAGGAUGGCCGAAGACGCGGAAGAGUUUGAGAGACAGCUCCAGCUAGAAAAAGAAGAGCAGUACAAACAGGACCAGGGAUACACCUACACUGACCCCAACGAUGGCACCGUCUAUGAAUGGGACACAGAGAAACAGGCUUGGUUCCCAAAGGUUGAUGAAGAUUUUCUUGCCGCCUACCAAGCCAACUAUGGCGUCAACACAGACGAGGAGAGUGUGAAAACCUACUACGAGCAGUAUGCGGCCCAGCUGGCAGCGGAACAGCCAAAGCUAGAGAACUCUGACAGUGAAGAAGAUGAUGAUGAAGAAGACGAUGAUGAUGAGGAGGAUGAAAAUCCGGAGGGGGCAAAGAAGGCGGAAGAGCAAGAACAAAAGAAGGAGGCAGGGGAGGGACAAAAAGCCAAGGGAGCCCAGAAGAGGAAAGCAGACGAAGGUUGGUUUGAGAUUGACGACACCAAGAACACCAACGUCUACGUCAGCGGCCUUCCCUUGGACAUCACCCCGAAGGAGUUUGAAGAGCUGAUGCAGAAAUGCGGCGUCAUCAUGUUUGACGAGGAGAAACAGGAGAACAAGAUCAAGCUGUACCUGGACCAUCACGGUAACAUCAAGGGUGACGGGAGGUGCUGUUACCUGAAGAGAGAGUCAGUUGCCUUGGCAAUACAGAUUAUGGACGAGUCAGAAUUGCGGGGCAACAAAAUCCACAUUGAGCUGGCCAAGUUUGAGAUGAAAGGUGACUUCAAGCCGCUGCCGAAAAAGAAGAAACCGAAGAAGAAGAAGAAAAAGAAAAACUUCCAGGAAAAGUUGUUAGACUGGAGACCAGAGAAGAAGUUUCACCAGCGCAAGAGAAACGAGCAAGUAGUCAUCAUCAAGCAUCUGUUCCACCCGGAAGAAUUUGAGGAAGAUGCUAUGAUCAUCAAUGAGAUCAAAGAUGACUUGCAGUCAGAGUGCUCCAAGUUUGGAGAUGUCAAGAAAGUCCUCGUUUUCGAUGUAAGUUUUGGAAGAUGCUUCACAAAGUAGAGACACCUAUGCCCA